AUGCCACGAGCACCGCACCCUUACGGCGUGCAGGGUGGCGCGGCGCUCCCUCCCGUCGACGAGCUGCGCGACUCGUUGAGCACCCGGGUCAAGUACGCCCACUUCAAGCUCGCCCACGACCGCAUCCACCACUCGCUCGCCGAGCUCGAGAACCUCUACCUCCGCCCCUUUCACGCCCAAACCGUCGCACGCGCCCAGGCGAGGCGCACCGACGAGCGGCGCCUGCGCUGGAGGCAGGCGGCUCUCCGCGCCGACGAGGCGCGCGAGCGGGACGGUUCCGCCUACCUGCCGCCCCCUCUCGACGACGCCGACGACGACGGCGAGCCCGCCGAGGUCGAGCCGAUCGCGAUCGAGGUCAGCGCCGUCAAGCUCGGCAAGCGCAAGGCCGCCGACCAGGACGACCUUCCCUACCUUCCUCCCCGCCCCUCUCGCUCGACACGCCCCCAGCGCGCACGUCCACCUCCUCCCGUACCGGCCAAGAACGACAAGCGCGGGCCCGGCAAGGCCAAGGAGUUCCUCGACCGCUUCCAGGGCCUCCCGUCGACGCUCGACAUGAACGCCGCCGCCGUUCACGAGCAGCCUCACGGCGUACGCCACCUCGUCUCGCCACACGGCGGCGACUCGGACGGCGACGACGACUCGGAGGGGGAUCUGCCGCCCGGCGAUGCCCCGCCCGUCGCGCGAGGCCGACGCACCUCGUUGCGCUCGAGCGCUCGACUACCUCGCCGCGAUGCCGGCGCCCCCUCGGCGUCGUCCUUCCUCCCCGUUCCAAGGUCGAGUGGACCCGGAACGCGCUCCACACCGUCGUCGCACGCCGCCCCGCCGGUCAACCCCCUCGGCCCGUCAACGCUCCCGUCCGGUCGCCAACGCGCACUCGCACCCUCGCCCUCGCCCUACUCGGCGCGCUCGAGCGCCGCCUUCUCGGACACGACGCUCGCCCCUCCCGGCUUCGCCUCGCCGUCGACGUCCUCCCGCCCGCCAAGCACCCUCUCCUUCGCCGCACCACCGCCCGCCCUCUCCUCCUCCUCCUCCUCCACCUCGCGCACCCACCCACCUCCGCCUCUCUCGCGACACGCCCCCGCCCUCGCACUCGGCGCCCAUGCGAGCUUCUCGGCGCUCCCGCCGCCGCCGCCGCUCCCGUUCGACGACCACACGCACCCGGACCUCGUGCACGGCGCGUGGAGCAGCGCCGGCCGCGCUCCUUACCCGCAGCCGCACCUGCGUCCUGGUCAAGGGUCGCAUCCGGGCACGGGAGGCGUCGCACACGCGGCGGCGCAUGCGCAGGCGCGGCCGCGGCCGACCUGGGGCGGCGCGCAGGGCGGGCCGCGCGCGAGAGAGGUGCGAGCGGCGGCGGACGCGCUGUUUCAUGCGCAUGGCGCGGGCGAUGCCGACGACGACGACGAGACCGACGACGAUGUCGAUGCGUCGGGGAGCGAGGACGAGCUCGAGCGGGCGCUGCGGCCAGCGGCGAGUGGUGGGAACGGGGCGGGGCCGGGAGGCAGGACGGGCUCGAGCGGGUUCGUGUGGGCGGCUGGGUCGGACGACGAGCGCAUGCCUGGACCGGAGGACGACGACGACGAUGAGGGAGGAGGAGAGGGCGACGACGACGUCGAUGCUGGCAUCGACGGGGCGGCGGCGGUCGAGGAGGAGGAGGAGCGGGCCGACGAGCUGGCGGCAGGGCCCGAGUACCCGCCGCUGAGCCAGGACACGGUCGUCGACUCGCAGGAGCACGACGAGGGCGACGAGGGAGGAGCGGGAGGAGGGCUGCCGUCGACGCAGGAGACGCUCGAGGAGACGCAGUAG